AUCAUAUCGUCAUACACCGCAGACACCGGCGGCGGAAAUCGCAGGAUUGUCGAGAUCGUUCGGUCGAUGCGCUUCGAGUCCAAUUGCGUCUCCCUUGUUCUUUCGACCUAGGAACGAAGGGAAAGAGAAGAGUAGGAUACGAGUGUGGGGAAUUGACUUAAACGCAAAGCGAGCGAGCGAUUGAGUGUAUUGAGUAGGCGCUAGAAGAAAGAAGAGACGGGACGGUGCGCACGAUGGCUGCGGAUUCAGAUCUCGAGGCUCUCGAGAGGGAGUUCAGUCCCCCCGUCGACUCGACGCUCGUGUACGCCAUCUACGACGACUACGCCGGCCAGCCCGACGGCCUCGAGAAAGCGCGCGUGGCGCUAAGGGCGCUGAGGGAUUCUGCGGUCGAAGAGCAAUUGAGUGGGGAGUUUGAUCCCUCUGGUAGCAGUGGAGGUGGUGCGGGUGUGUUGCGAGGUGGGAGUGGGGAGGAGGUAGUGAAUGGGGUUUCUGCGUUGAGUUUGGGGUCGGAGUCGAGGUCUGGGUCUGGGUCUGGGUGUUCGACUGACGAUGUUGGGUCGUCGGAUAGUGGUGGCUCGGGGAGCAGCGCAGCUGGAGGGGGAUACUUUGCGCAGGUUGGGAAGCUGGACACGCCGACGAAGGAGCUGCUGCUCGCGGAGACGUUUCCCGGGCUCCGGUUUGAGCUCGUGUGCUUCACGCUGAAGAAGUGCGGGAACGAUUUCGAGAGAGCGACGGAUGAGUUGCUGAAUCAGGUGUACUUUGAGGAUUCGAGAGCUGCCGUGCCCAAGGGCAUCGAUGGGUACGAUGAAAGGCAUGUGGCGCUAACGAAGAGGAAAGGGAGGAAUAGGAGAAAGCAGAACCGGUCGUUGAUGAACAGUAUCGACACGAAUUCAUCGUCGGCGGCGUCUGAUGGGACGUUGUCGCCGACGACGAAUAGAUGGGAGGAAGGGAAUCGGGACGUUGGAUCAAUUGCGAAGUGGACGAAGCUGCCUGUGGCCACGGCUUCGUCGAUCUACCAUAAGAACGGUGCAUCCCUCGUAGCCACCAUCGACGCUCUCCUAGAUCAAGACGCCGAAUCGCGGAAGGGAGAAGAGCCAGACGCAGGACUCGUUGGCAAAGCCGUCGACCUGACCGCCAAAUAUCCGACCGUAAACUACGAGCAAGCUAUCUCCAUCAUCCGCAUCACAGCGCCCUCCCUCGUCAGCGCAGACGAAGUCGCAAAAUCUCUCAGCUUCACCAACCGCUUGUCCCGCGGCCAGCUCGACGUCCUACCCGUCUACUCACCCGUCCGCCUGCCCGACGAAGACUCCGACCCAGAGCCCUCAAGCAAAACACCACUUCCCUCCCUCGACCCCUCCGCAACACCACACACUACGCAAUCCCUCCAUGCCGCGCGCAACACCGCCUUCACGCAAGCCUCCAGCGCCUACCGCAAGGGCAAAUCCGACCGCAACAUGCGCGGCGUCGCUGGCUACUACGCACAGAUCGGCCGCGACCUGAACGCGAACUUCAAAGCCGCGACCGAAAUCGACGCCGACGCCCUCGUCGCCAGCCAGUCUCGCCCGGGCCGUCUCGACCUCCACGGUGUGACCGUCCAGAGCGCAAGGCGCAUUGCGAAGACCGAGGUAAACCUCUGGUGGGACGGCCUCGGCGAGGCUAGGAUUCCCGGUGGAGGGCGCCGUGGUGUAGGGGACGGGUUCACGGUGGUGACGGGCUUGGGACGGCAUAGCGAGGGCGGGAAGGGGAAGUUGGGGCCCGCAGUUGCGAGGGCACUUGUCAAGGAGGGGUGGAAGGUUGAGGUUAAUGGUGGGGAGUUAAUUGUUCUUGGGAAGCAGAGAGGUGUUUGAAGAAUAGGAAGGUCAUUUCACGGGGGAAGGGGUGG